AUGAAUUCUUUGUCUGUUAGAAAGGGCAUCACUUGCCCUUCUCAAGAUGCUAACUGCACUAGGAUUCUGGAGUCCCUGAACACCUGGAAUAGUUCAGAAGUAAGCUCAUACAAACUUGUGGAACUACCACCAGUCUUCACCACUAUGGUAAGUUUUAGCCUACCUGAUGUUGUUCACCAUGCCUUCCCUACAGUUGAUGCUCCAGAUCAUGUUCACUAUACUAUUGGAGCUGUAAUCCUGGCAGUAGGAAUAACAGGAAUGCUGGGUAACUUCCUCGUCAUCUAUGCUUUUUGCAGGAGUAGGAGUCUUCGAUCUCCAGCCAACAUGUUCAUUAUCAAUCUAGCUGUUAGUGACUUCUUCAUGUCCGUAACUCAGGCACCAGUGUUUUUUACAACAAGCCUACAUAAGAGGUGGAUCUUUGGAGAGAAAGGAUGUGAGUUAUAUGCUUUCUGUGGCGCCCUGUUUGGGAUCACAUCAAUGAUUACACUGAUGGUGAUUGCUGUGGAUAGGUAUUUCGUAAUCACCCGACCACUUGCUUCCAUUGGAGUGAUGUCCAAGAAGAGGGCAGUGUUAAUCCUUUUAGGUGUUUGGAUAUAUUCUUUGGCCUGGAGCCUUCCUCCCUUCUUUGGUUGGAGUGCUUAUGUGCCUGAAGGCCUCAUGACAUCGUGCACAUGGGACUAUAUGACCUUCACACCCUCUGUUAGAGCCUACACCAUGCUCCUCUUCUGCUUUGUCUUCUUCAUCCCUCUUUUCGUUAUAAUCUACUGCUACAUCUUUAUAUUUAAGGCCAUCAAGAACACUAACAGGGCUGUGCAGAAAAUUGGCUCUGAUGAAAACAAGGAAUCUCAUAAACAGUAUCAGAAAAUGAAGAAUGAGUGGAAGAUGGCAAAGAUUGCACUUAUUGUCAUCCUUCUUUAUGUGAUUUCGUGGUCCCCCUAUUCUACCGUUGCAUUGGUGGCCUUUGCUGGGUAUGCAAAUAUGUUAACACCAUACAUGAACUCUGUGCCUGCUGUGAUUGCAAAGGCAUCUGCCAUUCACAAUCCAAUAAUCUAUGCCAUUACUCAUCCUAAAUACAGGAUGGCAAUUGCCAAGUAUAUUCCUUGUUUAAGACCAAUCCUCAGAGUGACUCGCAAAGAUUCCAGAAGCUAUAGCAGCUAUCCAUCUUCUCGCCGCUCCACUGUUACAAGUCAUUGCAGUCAAUCUUCUGACAUAUGUGGGCACCCCAGACUGAAAGGACCUGUUCCUUCUGUCUCAGAUAGUGAAUCGGGCUGGACUGAUACUGAAGCUGAUAUCAGUAGUGUGAACUCCAGGCCAGCCAGUAGGCAGGUUUCCUAUGAAAUGGGCAAAGACACCACUGAGCUUAGUGACAUAAAAUCCAAAACUAAGCUGAAAAGUCAUGAUUCUGGAAUUUUUGAAAAGGUAAUUGUGCAUAUUGAAAUUUUUUACAGUUUUAUUUUAAAAGGUACAUUUCAGUUAUCUAUUAGGGCCUAUUCCCUUUUUAUUGGUGAUGACCAGUUUACGUUCUGUGUUUACGUUUUGCUUUGA